AUGUUCAUAAUGCAAACAUACUUAACUGAUGUUUGGAAACUGGGAUUCACUCAUGCUGCUGGAAUUAUGAAUGUAGCCAAUGGCCUCCCUAAAGUUUUGCCUUUAAUUUUCUACUGGUUCGUGGAUGCUGGUCUUGGUAAUAAAUGGAUGCUGCUUCUCUCAAGUUUCUCCUACGUUAUUGGAUUGGGGUUUUUGUCUAUGUCAACUCCACCAGUUCUGGCCAAGGCCACAGGAACUUGUAAAGCAUAUGAGCCUCAAUGUAUCGGGCACACACAAAAGGCUCUCUUCUACACAGCUUUAGCAUUGAUAGCUGUGGGAAUAAGUGGGCACAUUGUGUCACUGGUUGCCCUUUUUGUCAAUCAGUUUGAAAAGAAGCCUGAAGAGAAGCCUACAGAGACUAAAGCCAAAAUGCCAGAGUUGCCUUCCAAAUAUGAACGCAAUCAAAUGUUACUCGAAGCAUUGCAGAAAAAGAAAGGAGGAAAAUUUAAGCUGCCAUCAUUUCGGAAUCGACCACCACCACCACCACCACCAGCUCCAAUCAAUACAGACAGAAAUAAGCCUGGUGAUAGCGGCGAAGUUGAUCUUUUGAGCCUUCAAUUCCAACCAGUGGAAGCAAUGUUGGCUCUUGUGACUAAAGAAAAGAAGAAAGUAUUUCGUGCUUGUAUUUUAGUCAUUAUCCCUGUUAUUGCUCUUUUUGUUCUUCCCUACAUUAAACCAUGGUCGCUCCGAUUUGGAAUACCAGCAAUCUGCACCUUGUUGGCUAUAGUGUUUUUCCUACUUGGCUUCGGUGAGUGUGAGGAUAAGAAAUCAGAAGAAAGCUCAGUAACAAAUUUUUUCAAGGUCAUCUUGGCAGCUACAUUGAAAAUGUUCAAGACACUUCCCGAUGACUCGGAAUUGUAUGGAAAUAGUGAGAAUGAAGUUCAGGAAUUGCAUCACACUAAACGACUUAGGUGCUUGGACAAGGCUGCCAUUGAAGAAGGACCAGAGACAAGGAGAUGGAUACUUUGCACAGUUACCGAAGUGGAACAAACCAAAAUCAUCAUUGAUAUGAUUCCAAUAUGCAUCAGUUUAGUCUUAUGCGGAGUGGUGACUUCUUUGGGAAACACAUACUUCAUAGAGCAAGCUAACCACAUGAAUUACAAGCUUGGAAAAUGGAAGUUACCUGAUUCACUGCUUUUGAUCAUAUAUGCAUCAGGCAAAGCAAUUUCAACCUAUAUGUACAAAAGCAUUGCGAACAGCUUGGGGAAGAGGUAUGCACCCCGAAUAGGCAUAGGUUUCGCUAUAGUAUCAGCAACAUUGUGUUGCAUUGUUGCUGCAUUAGUCGAAAAGCGAAGGAUAAAUGUGAUCAGAGAUAAUGGGUUGACGGAGAAACCGGAUGAAGAUAUCCCACUGAGCGUGUUUAUUCUUGUCCCUCAAUACCUCCUUCUUGCUGGUCUCGACGCAUUUUAUGAAAGCAGUGUUACCCCUUUUCUAAGUGAUCAGAGCCCUUCAGCAAUGCAGAAGUACCUCGUGUUCUUGAAUCCUGGAUUAUCUGGUCUAGGAAUCAUCGGAAGUGUUUUGUCGGUUUAUGUUGUUGGCAGAGCUAGCAAGAGAAAUGGAAAGCCGAAUUGGUUCCAGGACAACUUGAAUGGGAGCCGGCUAGAUCGAUACUAUUGGACAAUUGCUGCCUUGAGUGCUGUAAAUUUCAUAUGGUACAUUGUUUGUGCCAGCCUGUAUCCUUACAGGGACAUACCAUCAAAUGAUGAUGAAGAGACUGCAAAUGAAGCUGAUAAUGAGACAGGGGGAGGAUCCCUAGAACUUAUGUCAGGAUUCAUUGCUGAUACCAUUGAAGAGAAUAGUAAACAUAAAAGUCCAUCACAUUAA